AUGGCGGACCCAGCUUCCCCAUCGGACGCGGAAUUUCCGCCGCACGUCGCCGGGGCGGGCGCUUCCCGCCCCGCGGAGAAUUCCGCUGCGGACGAAGCGGAGCAGUCGGCGGAAGGGGGGGAAGAGGGAUCGGCGGCGGACGCGAUGGUCGCGGAGGAAUUCUCGGCGAAGAAGGCAAAGCGCGACGCUUCGUCCUCGUCGUCUGGUGAACCCGACUCAAUCCGAGGCGAAUCCUCCGCUGCUGCUGCCGCUGCUGAUCCCUCCGCCGCGGCUCCCGCUGCUGCCCAGGAGCCUCAGGAAGCUUCCGCUUCUGCUCCCCCUACCACGCCUUCCGCCGCCUCUCCCCCUAACGAGCCCUCCCCCGCCGCCCCCGCCGCGCGCCCGACGGUGUACAAGCUGCGCCAGGCACACAGCGAGUUGUUCACGGAAGCUUCCGCGUACUUGCUGGGGGAGGAGGGGUGCGUGCUGGUGCUGCAGCGAGGCGACCUCACCAAGUGGUCCGUGGACGGGCGCACCGACGCUAUAGUGAAUGCAGCCAACGAGAGAAUGCUGGGAGGAGGGGGAGUGGACGGAGCCAUCCACAGGGCAGCGGGGCCAGGCCUGGUGAGGGAGUGCAAAGCGGUGCCGGAAGUGAGCAAAGGAGUGCGUUGCCCCACAGGGCAGGCUGUGUGCACGGGAGCGGCUGAGCUACCAGUGAAGCAUGUGAUUCACACGGUGGGGCCCAUCUACACCUCGGCACAGCGCUCCGCACCGCUGCUGCACUCCGCCUAUGUCCGUUCCAUGGAGGAGGCUCGCAAGGCGCAUGUCAAGUUCAUUGCCUUCCCGGCAGUUUCGUGUGGCAUCUAUGGGUACCCGUUUCCCGACGCUGCCCAGGUGUCACUCAAGGCGCUUCAAGCAACCUGUACCGGCUUUUCAGAGGUACAUUUCAUUCUAUUCAACGAGGAGGGCAUGGAUGCAUAUGAAGGAGCAGCGGAGGACUUGCAGCUUCCGCCUCUCGAGAUCCAAGAGGAAGCCUGA